AUGCCGUACAAUGCGGCUCAGCUUUGCCUUUUGCUGGCACUUUCUGUAGCCAAUGUUGUCGACUCCCAAGGUUACACGGAAGAAGACUUGUAUGAAGCGUUGAGUCAAAUGUCACCUGAAGCUCGUAUCUAUGCUAAACGAGACAUUGAUGGCUCUAUGCCUGGAGUACUGAGAUUUGGAAAACGAUCAUUUGCUGAUGAAGAGGAGAAAGGAGUUCAGAAAAAGGAAAUGCCUGGUGUUCUUCGAUUCGGAAAGAGAGCCUAUGAAAACGAGAAGAAAAGUGUUCCUGGCGUACUUCGAUUUGGAAAACGAGAUGACAUUCCAGGAGUUUUACGGUUCGGCAAGAGAGCAAGUGAUAUGCCUGGAGUUCUUCGUUUCGGAAAAAGAGAAAUUCCGGGAGUGCUUAGGUUUGGAAAGCGAGGAGUACCUGGAGUUUUACGAUUUGGUAAACGUGAAAUACCUGGUGUUCUAAGAUUUGGUAAGAGAGCAUUGGAAAUGGAAGAUGAAGCAUCGCUUUUGUACAAAAAAAGCGUUCCAGGAGUUCUUCGUUUCGGCAAGUAG